UCACCGCUGAGCUGAGAGGAAAUGGCCGAAGGUCGGGGCUUUUGAAUUCGGAUCCCUCAGGAGCCAUGGACCGGUCUGAAAUGGGCGGAGGGCAGGCCAAGUCCUCAAAGAAAAUUGAAGACUUGAUGGAAAUGGUGAAAAAGCUACAGAAAGCGGGAAGCCUGGAGCCUCAGGUUGAAGUCCUGAUUAACCGGAUUAAUGAGGUUCAACAAGCCAAAAAGAAAGCCAGUGAGGAGCUGGGAGAGACCAGGGCCCUCUGGGAAGCCCUGCAGAAAGAACUGGACUCAAUGAAUGGAGAGAAGGUGCGCUUGGAGGAGACCUUGAACACAAAGCAAGAGACACUGAGGAUCCUGCGGCUGCACUGUGAGGAGAAAGACAGUGAGGCACAGAGGAAGAACACUGUGUUGCAGGACUGCAAGGACCGAAUUUCUGCCCUGAAUGCCCAGAUCGAGGAAGAGAAGAACAAACAGAGGCAGCUGAGAUUGGAGUUCGAGGAACAACUGGAGGCUCUGAUGGGCCAGCACAAGGACCUCUGGGAAUUCCACAGACCAGAGCAGCUAACACAGGAGAUGGGUGCCCUGGACAGCGGUAAGGAGCAAAUGCUCAAAGAAGAGAAGCUGAUCAAGGCGAAGCUGGAAGAUGCCAAGCAUCGAUUGUACUCCCUGUGUGGGCCUGGAGGUCCCUCAACCAUCAAUGAGGGGCUCUUCCUUCGCAGCAAGGAAGCUAUGGCUGCUGUGAAGCUGUUUGAGGAAGAGAAUGGAAAGGCUGAGGAGCUCCUGGAGGCUGUGGCCCAGCGCCAACAGCAGCUGCAAGAGAAGUGCCAGCAGUUACAGGAGAAACGGCAAAGGCUGAAGGAGGAGCUGGAGAAGUAUGGUGUGCCGGUUCCCACCCAACCACACAAUACCCAAGAGGAAGGAGCUCUCUCUGGAGAGACAGAGCACCUCCCAUUUACCAGCCCCAAGACCUUUGGAGUCCAUGAGGAAAAAGACUUGGAGCCACCCACUAAGUAGGGCCCAACACCACUCUAGUUUGGAAGACACCUCACCAUGUACCCCUGUACCCACUUCUCCCUGUCCCAAAUUUACUCUGGGCCGUAGAAAAUAAAGCUACUACUUUUGUACUAUUUA